GCGGCAGGGCCGGGCGAGGUCUGGUGCGGUGCCGGCUGCUCCGCGGCUGCUCAGCUCCGAGCGCCUGGCGCUCCCGUGCCCUCCCUGCCAGGGACGCCGGGCCGGGGAUGCGCGCGGAGCCCGGGAGCCAUGGUCCGCUUCGGGGACGAGCUGGGCGGCCGAUAUGGGGGCGCCGGUGGCGGGGAGCGGGCCCGGGGCGGCGGGGCCGGCGGGGCGGGCGGCCCGGGCCCCGGGGGUCUGCAGCCCGGUCAGCGGGUGCUCUACAAGCAGUCGAUCGCGCAGCGCGCGCGGACCAUGGCGCUGUACAACCCCAUCCCUGUCAAGCAGAACUGCUUCACAGUCAACCGCUCGCUCUUCGUCUUCAGCGAGGACAACGUCGUCCGCAAAUACGCCAAGCGCAUCACAGAGUGGCCUCCGUUCGAGUACAUGAUCCUAACUACCAUCAUAGCCAACUGCAUCGUGUUGGCGUUGGAGCAGCACCUCCCUGACGGGGACAAGACACCUAUGUCCGAGCGGCUGGACGACACGGAGCCCUACUUCAUCGGGAUCUUCUGCUUCGAAGCAGGGAUCAAGAUCAUUGCUCUGGGCUUCGUCUUCCACAAGGGCUCCUACCUGCGGAACGGCUGGAACGUCAUGGACUUUGUGGUGGUCCUCACCGGGAUUCUUGCCACAGCUGGAACUGACUUUGACCUGAGAACUCUGCGGGCUGUGCGUGUGCUAAGGCCUCUGAAGCUGGUGUCUGGGAUUCCAAGUUUGCAGGUGGUGCUCAAGUCCAUCAUGAAGGCCAUGGUUCCACUCCUGCAGAUCGGGCUGCUUCUCUUCUUCGCCAUCCUCAUGUUUGCCAUCAUUGGCCUCGAGUUCUACAUGGGCAAAUUCCAUAAGGCCUGUUUCCCCAACAGCACAGAUGCAGACCCCGUGGGUGACUUCCCCUGUGGCAAGGAGGCCCCAGCCCGGCUUUGUGAGGGCGACACGGAGUGCCGGGAGUACUGGCCAGGACCCAACUUUGGCAUCACCAAUUUUGACAACAUCUUGUUUGCCGUCUUGACAGUGUUCCAAUGCAUCACCAUGGAGGGCUGGACCGACAUCCUCUACAAUACAAAUGACGCCGCUGGCAACACCUGGAACUGGCUCUACUUCAUACCCCUCAUCAUCAUUGGCUCCUUUUUCAUGCUCAACCUGGUGCUGGGCGUGCUGUCAGGAGAGUUUGCCAAGGAGCGAGAGAGGGUGGAGAACCGCCGUGCCUUCCUGAAGCUCCGCCGGCAACAGCAGAUAGAGAGGGAGCUCAAUGGGUACCUGGAGUGGAUCUUUAAGGCUGAGGAAGUCAUGCUGGCAGAGGAGGACAGGAAUGCAGAGGAGAAGUCCCCUUUGGAUGCAGUGCUGAAGAGAGCAGCUGCCAAGAAGAGUAGGAAUGACCUGAUCCAUGCCGAGGAGGGUGAGGACCGGUUUGCAGACCUCUGUGCUGUUGGAUCUCCCUUCGCCCGUGCCAGCCUCAAGAGCGGGAAGACGGAGAGCUCAUCAUACUUCCGGAGGAAGGAGAAGCUGUUCCGGUUCUUCAUCCGGCGUGUGGUGAAGGCUCAGAGCUUCUACUGGGCGGUGCUGUGUGUGGUGGCCCUGAACACGCUGUGUGUGGCCAUGGUGCACUACAACCAGCCACAGCGUCUCACCACGGCGCUGUACUUUGCGGAGUUUGUUUUCCUGGGUCUCUUCCUCACAGAGAUGUCCCUGAAGAUGUACGGCCUGGGACCCAGAAGCUACUUCCGGUCCUCCUUCAACUGCUUUGACUUUGGGGUGAUUGUGGGCAGCAUCUUCGAGGUGGUCUGGGCGGCCAUCAAGCCAGGAGCCUCCUUCGGCAUCAGCGUGCUGCGAGCGCUGCGCCUGCUGCGGAUCUUCAAAGUCACCAAGUACUGGAGCUCGCUGCGCAACCUGGUGGUGUCCCUGCUCAACUCCAUGAAGUCCAUCGUCAGCCUCCUCUUCUUACUCUUCCUGUUCAUCGUGGUCUUCGCUCUGCUGGGGAUGCAGCUAUUUGGGGGACAGUUCAACUUUCAAGAUGAGACUCCAACAACCAACUUUGACACGUUCCCUGCAGCCAUCCUCACUGUCUUCCAGAUCCUGACUGGAGAGGACUGGAACGCAGUGAUGUACCAUGGCAUUGAAUCGCAAGGUGGGGUCAGCAAAGGCAUGUUCUCGUCCUUUUACUUCAUCGUCCUGACACUGUUUGGUAACUACACUCUGCUGAAUGUCUUCCUGGCCAUUGCUGUGGACAACCUUGCCAAUGCCCAGGAGCUGACCAAGGAUGAAGAGGAGAUGGAAGAAGCAGCCAACCAGAAGCUUGCUCUUCAAAAGGCCAAAGAAGUGGCCGAAGUCAGCCCCAUGUCUGCUGCAAACAUCUCCAUUGCCGCUUUUGUAAAGCAAACUCGAGUUACUGUAUCUCGCAGCUCAUCUGUCUCCAGCGUAAACUCACCCAGGCAGCAGAAUUCGGCCAAGGCACGCUCCGUGUGGGAGCAGCGGGCCAGCCAGCUGAGGCUGCAGAACCUGAGAGCCAGCUGCGAGGCGCUGUACAGCGAGCUGGACCCCGAGGAGCGGCUGCGCUUCGCCACCACUCGUCACUUGCGGCCCGACAUGAAGACACACCUGGACCGGCCGCUGGUUGUGGAGCUGGGCCGGGAUGGCCCGCGGGCACCCCCAGGGGGCAAGGCCCGACCCGAGGCCACAGAGGCCACCGAGGGCGCCGACCCGCCGCGCAGGCACCACCGGCACCGAGACAGGGACAAGGCCCCUGCGGCGGCCUCCGGGGCAGGGGAAUCGGACAGAGUGGACGCCCCGAGGGCGGACAGCGGGGAGCCCAGUGCCCGUGAGGAGCGUGUGCGGCCGCACCGCAGCCUCAGCAAGGAAGCCGCGGGCCCUCCGGAGGCGCGGGGCGAGCGUGGCCGGGGGCCGGGCCCCGAGGGCGGCCGGCGCCACCACCGGCGCGGCUCCCCGGAGGAGGCGGCCGACAGGGAGCCCCGGCGCCACCGCGCGCACCGGCACGCGUGCGACCAGGGCAAGGAGGGCGCCGCACCCACGGCCAAGGGCGAGCGGCGCUCGCGACACCGGGGUGGCCCCCGGGCCGGCCCCCGGGAAGCGGAGAGUGGGGAGGAGCCAGCGCGGCGGCACCGGGUGCGGCACAAGGCGCUUCCCGUGCAGGACGCUGCCACGAAGGAGGCCGCUGAGAAGGAGGCCGAGGUCGCCGAAGUGGACAAGGAGAAGGAGCUCCGGAACCACCAGCCCAAGGAGCUGCACUGUGACCUGGAGGCCAGUGGGACAAUGGGUGUGGGCCCUGUGCACACACUGCCUAGCACCUGUCUCCAGAAGGUGGAGGAGCAACCAGAGGACGCAGAUAAUCAACGAAAUGUCACUCGGAUGGGCAGUCACCCCUCAGACCCAAGCACCACUGUACACAUCCCAGUGACUCUGACGGGCCCUCCUGGGGAGACAACCGUGGUUCCCAGUGGUAACAUGGACCCGGAGAGCCAAGUGGAGGGGAAGAAGGAGGUGGAAGCCGAUGACAUGAUGAGGAGCGGCCCCCGACCCAUUGUGCCAUAUAGCUCCAUGUUCUGCUUAAGCCCCACCAACCUGCUGCGGCGCCUCUGCCACUACAUAGUGACCAUGCGCUACUUCGAGAUGGUCAUCCUCGUGGUCAUUGCCCUGAGUAGCAUUGCUCUGGCUGCAGAGGACCCUGUGCGGACAGACUCUCCCAGGAACAAUGCUCUGAAGUACAUGGACUACAUCUUCACAGGUGUCUUCACCUUUGAGAUGGUGAUAAAGAUGAUUGACUUGGGACUGCUCCUUCACCCUGGAGCCUACUUCCGGGACCUGUGGAACAUUCUGGACUUCAUUGUGGUCAGUGGGGCCCUGGUGGCGUUUGCCUUCUCAGGAUCCAAAGGGAAAGACAUCAACACCAUCAAGUCCCUAAGAGUUCUGCGUGUCUUACGGCCCCUCAAGACCAUCAAACGGCUCCCCAAGCUCAAGGCAGUGUUUGACUGUGUGGUCAACUCCCUAAAGAAUGUCCUCAACAUCCUGAUUGUCUACAUGCUCUUCAUGUUCAUCUUCGCUGUCAUUGCGGUCCAGCUCUUCAAAGGAAAGUUUUUCUACUGCACCGAUGAAUCCAAGGAGCUGGAGAGGGACUGCAGGGGCCAGUACUUGGAUUAUGAGAAAGAGGAGGUGGAAGCACAGCCGAGGCAGUGGAAGAAAUAUGACUUCCACUAUGAUAAUGUGCUUUGGGCCCUGCUGACGCUGUUCACGGUGUCUACAGGAGAAGGGUGGCCCAUGGUGCUGAAGCACUCAGUAGAUGCCACCUACGAGGAGCAGGGUCCAAGUCCUGGGUACCGCAUGGAGCUAUCCAUCUUCUACGUGGUCUACUUUGUGGUCUUCCCUUUCUUCUUUGUGAACAUCUUCGUGGCCUUGAUCAUCAUCACCUUCCAAGAGCAAGGGGACAAGGUGAUGUCUGAGUGCAGCCUGGAAAAGAAUGAGAGGGCUUGCAUCGACUUUGCCAUCAGCGCGAAGCCCUUGACGCGGUACAUGCCCCAGAAUAAGCAGUCAUUCCAGUACAAGACGUGGACGUUUGUGGUCUCCCCACCCUUCGAGUACUUCAUCAUGGCCAUGAUAGCCCUCAAUACGGCAGUGCUGAUGAUGAAGUUCUAUGAUGCUCCCUACGAGUAUGAGCUGAUGUUGAAAUGCCUGAACAUUGUGUUCACAUCCAUGUUCUCCAUGGAAUGCGUGCUGAAGAUCAUCGCCUUUGGGGUUCUGAACUAUUUCAGAGAUGCCUGGAAUGUCUUUGACUUUGUCACUGUGUUGGGAAGUAUUACUGAUAUUUUAGUAACAGAGAUUGCGAACAACUUCAUCAACCUCAGCUUCCUCCGCCUCUUCCGAGCAGCACGGCUUAUCAAGCUGCUGCGCCAGGGCUACACCAUCCGCAUCCUGCUUUGGACCUUUGUCCAGUCCUUCAAGGCCCUGCCCUACGUGUGUCUGCUCAUCGCCAUGCUCUUCUUCAUUUACGCCAUCAUCGGGAUGCAGGUAUUUGGAAACAUCGCCCUGGACGACGACACCAGCAUCAACCGGCACAACAACUUCCAGACGUUCCUGCAAGCCCUGAUGCUGCUGUUCAGGAGUGCCACUGGGGAGGCCUGGCACGAGAUCAUGCUGUCUUGUCUCAGCAACCGGGCCUGUGACGAGCGGGCCAGUGCCAGCGAGUGUGGGAGUGACUUCGCCUACUUCUACUUUGUCUCCUUCAUCUUCCUGUGCUCCUUCCUGAUGUUGAACCUCUUUGUGGCUGUGAUCAUGGACAAUUUUGAGUACCUUACGCGGGACUCUUCCAUAUUAGGGCCUCACCACCUGGACGAGUUCAUCCGGGUCUGGGCUGAGUACGACCCAGCUGCGUGUGGGCGCAUCAGUUACAAUGACAUGUUUGAGAUGCUGAAACACAUGUCCCCACCUCUGGGGCUGGGGAAGAAAUGCCCUGCUCGAGUUGCGUACAAGCGUCUGGUCCGCAUGAACAUGCCCAUCUCCAGUGAGGACAUGACAGUCCACUUCACAUCUACGCUGAUGGCCCUCAUCCGGACUGCACUGGAGAUCAAGCUGGCCCCAGCUGGGACGAAGCAGCAUCAGUGUGAUGCAGAACUGAGGAAAGAGAUUUCCGUGGUGUGGGCCAACCUGCCCCAGAAGACACUGGAUUUACUGGUACCACCCCAUAAGCCCGACGAGAUGACAGUGGGGAAGGUGUAUGCAGCUCUGAUGAUAUUCGACUUCUACAAACAGAACAAAACCACCAGAGACCAGAUUCAAGCUCCCGGGGGCCUGUCCCAGAUGGGCCCUGUGUCCCUGUUCCACCCUCUGAAGGCCACCCUAGAGCAAACGCAACCAGCUGUGCUCCGAGGAGCCCGGGUUUUCCUUCGGCAGAAAAGUUCCACCUCCCUCAGCAAUGGUGGGGCCAUACAAACCCAAGAGAGUGGCAUCAAGGAAUCUGUGUCUUGGGGCACUCAAAGGACCCAGGAUGCACCUUGUGAAGCCCGGGCAACGCUGGAGCGUGGCCACUCAGUGGAGAUACCUGCAAUGCAGCCAGGAGUGCUGGCUGUGGAUGUCCAGAUGCAGAACAUGGCUGUGAGGGGCCCCAGUGGGGACCCCCAACCUGGGCUGGAGAGCCAAGGCCGUGCUGCGUCUAUGCCCCGCCUGGCUGCAGAGACUCAGCCUGUACCAGAUGCCAGCCCCAUGAAGCGCUCCAUCUCUACACUGGCCCAGCGCCCCCAUGCGGCCCAUCUUUGUAGCACUGCCCUGGACCGCCCACCCCCCAGCCAGGCCUCACACCAUCACCACCACCGCUGCCAUCGGCGCAGAGACAAGAAGCAGAGGCCCUUGGAGAAGGGGCCCAGCCUGUCUGCAGACGUGGAUGGCGCACCCAAUAGUGCUGCAGGACCAGGGCUGCCCCCAGGAGAGGGGCCUGCCAGCUGCAGGCGGGAGCGUAGGCAGGAGCGGGGCCGGUCCCAAGAGCGGAGACAGCCGUCGUCUUCCUCCUCAGAGAAGCAACGCUUCUACUCCUGUGACCGCUUUGGGGGCCGUGAGCCCCUGAAACCCAAGCCCUCCCUCAGUAGCCACCCCACGUCUCCGACAGCCAGCCAGGAGCCAGGACCUCACCCAAAGGGCAGUGGCUCAGUUAAUGGCAGCCCCUUGCCGUCAGCAUCUGGUGCUAGCACCCCAGGCCGUGGUGGGCGGAGGCAGCUUCCCCAGACACCCCCAACACCCCGCCCCAGUGUCACCUACAAGACGGCCAACUCUUCACCUGUGCACUUCUCGGGGGCCCAGACCAGCCUUCCGGCCUUCUCCCCUGGCCGACUCAGCCGUGGACUUUCCGAACACAACGCCCUGCUGCAGACGGAACCCCUCGGCCCCCCGCUGGCCCCGAGCUCUCGCAUUGGCUCUGACCCUUACCUGGGGCAGCGUCUGGACAGUGAGGCCUCUGCCCACACCCUACCUGAGGACACACUUACCUUCGAGGAGGCCUUGGCCACCAACUCUGGCCGCUCCUCCAGGACUUCCUAUGUGUCCUCGCUGACCUCCCAGUCACACCCCCUCCGCCGGGUGCCCAAUGGUUACCACUGCACUCUGGGGCUCAGCUCAGGUGGCCGGGCGCGGCACAGCUACCACCACCCAGACCAGGACCACUGGUGCUAGCUGCACCGUGCCCCAUACCCCAUGUGCGUCCAGGUGGGUGAGUUUUAUCAUCCAUGCCGCUCCCAGGGACGUUCUGGGGAAACAGGGCAGCAGGAAGGGAGAGCCUUGCCCUCCGUGGAGCUCCUUCUCUCAUUUCUGCCUCUUUUUCACUGGGGACUAAUAAGGCCGUGUCUGGGGGGAUGUGUCUUCCUGGCCUGUGCCGCCUCCCUGGCUCUCACAUCAGACCCUGAACAUGAAGUUGCUGAAUGAGGCCGAGGAGGCCCCAGCAAGUCUCGGACGCUGGUGUCCAGGGUGGGCGGGGGGCUCCGGUGGGUUGUCUGAGUCACGUUGGCACCUCCCUUGUCCAGACGUGUGGCCUAGAGGAACAGGCGAGCCUGGGAUGGUGAGGCCUCUAGGCACGUCAGUGAGCAGGGCAGCCUCAUGGUCCUGCGACCCCAACACACGUGUGUCCCUGCUAUCCCUUGUGUUUGAACAGCGAACGUUCUGGGAACACUAAGAUACUCUUUGCCCUGCCCGGCACCGACCCCGGCAGGCCUCAGUCUGCACAGUGUUCCUGCUGUUGGUCGUGGUUUUUAAUCACAACACCAUUCACUCUUUUGUCACUUCUAUAACGUACACUUAUUUAGAAAAAAUAGAAAACCUGAAAAAUAGGAAGGAAACAUUAACAUAACUCUAAAAAAUCAAACUUGUAGAAAGAUGUCAACUCGUGUGUGUUUGUGACCUGUAUGAGCAGACGCUCCUGCAUACACUCUGUCCAGUCCCAGUGGCCCCGCAGACAGCCUGGCCCCUGCUGCCCUUGACCAAGUGCCUGACCUCCAGGCCCUCACACACCAGGCUACUGGGUGGCAUGGUGUGAGGGAGGCCUUGGGAACCACCGGUGGUGGGUUUUGUGAAAACUAUUAAAAACAGCAACUGGGUAGAAAGCUGAUGUCAGUACAGAACAGGAAGCAACAUGCAGCAGGAUGCUGCGUCUGGAAACAUCAUGACCACUGGCUUCUCCCUCCCUGGGGAAGGGUAUCUGGGGAGGCCAGAGUGGCAGGCUGUGUGCUAGUGUGAGGCCUCUGUGUGUGAUUCUCAGGGAUGGUGCCUACCAAGUGGAGCAUAAUCUCUGCUGUGUGUGAAGUCAGUCUCUUUCCACAUGAACCUGAAGGGAGGGACAGGCUAGUGGGGACUGUGGGGUGUGGGGCACCAGGGCGGGAAGGGGAGCCUGGUUGAACUGAGGCCAGAACUCAGAGUAGGCGACUGACAGGAGUGACUCGGUUGGUGCAACUGAGGCUGGAGCCCACGCUGCUCCUGGAGCAGGCAGCAAAAUGAAAUCCAACUUUACAUCACUCUCAAAAGGAGAAACCAUACUCAGGACGUUGUUCAAUGUGCACCAAGUGCUGGGAGAUUCCUGUGUUGUAAAGAAAGGUAGCAUUUAGACAACUUGAUUCUUGGGUGUGUUCCAUGUUUUGAAAUUUGAUGAUCUCUUUGUUGGAGUCUUGGCUUCUAUCCCAUGAUUAUUCUCAAAGAAACUGUGUGUGAUGUGUGAGUGUGUGUGUGUGUGUGCUCACAGGAGAUGGCAGGUGUGUGUGGUGAUGUGAGUGGAUGUCAUUGACCCAUAGGGCUAUGCAACAAAAGACACAUUUAAUAGAAAUAAAACACACAAGACCACCGCCUGGUCUCGGGUUUCAGCAUGAUUGUGACCAAACCUUUUUAUAGAAUUUCCUUAUGUGAAGGCACAACACUCUGAAACUUUAAAGAUAACAGAGUAUUUUAUUCCAGUAGAAUAAAAUUAAACUGGAAUCUUGGACUGUGCAUGUGAUCGCUAUGCUCAUGUUGCAAAGUAGAAGGAUGUGUGUUUUGAUACUGAUGUUCUGUCUCUUGUCCGCCUCACCUCUGGCCCAUAUUAUUUUGGUGUCCAGUGUAUCCAUUCUGUUCAGAACCACAGUUGUUUCCCUGGACCAUAUUUGGUCCAGAAUCCUCUUCCCUAGACCCACACAGCCUAGCUGGCUUGUCUGGAAUCUUCUAGGCUUUGGAAGGGAUGUAAACAACAUGGAGGGGAGAAAGGAGAUAUUAUGGCUUGUUUUCCUGACUUUGGGUUUUGUAUCUAUCUGUAUUGUCUUUUAUCAAGGUGUCAUGUUUCCCCUGGAAUCUCAUAGUGAGUUGCCAAAUUUGAAAUGCAUUGGAACCAGUCAAGCAGUGGCUGUAGUUUGAACAAGUUAUGUGUGCAUGUAAAAUAUAUACAUAUAUACAUAUAUACAAGUAUGUGCAUGAAAAUGUAUAUCUUCGUACUAUAUCUUCGUACUUUUGAUACAAUGUAUUCAUUUGUUAAUUUUUAAUUAUAUUUGAUAUAAAUUGAAGGUUUGUUGCAAAACUUUAUAUUUAAGAACAGUGUUAACAAAAAAAAGUUGUCCCAACCAUGCAACACAACUGGGACUUACUUAAAAAAAAAUUGUGUGAUUGACUAGUUUGCUGCCUGAAUACUAUUUAUCAGCCAAACUUUGGAUUCUGCUAUUGUUUCUACAAUGACAUUUUGUAUGAAGCAAAGUCCUUGGAUUAAAAUAAAAAUCUUAGCAAAAAAU